UCCCGUCAAUUCACCUUUCAGCUUCCUGUACUUGUUACAUGCUAGUUGUAAACACUGAGGGUGAAAUAACUUUACUGGCCUUGAACUUUGUGACAGAUUUCUCUCUGAUAUCUGACAAGAAUUAAGAAACAGGGACCGAAAGAUGCGGGCUGUUAAAUGAACGUUUCUGUUUGUUCUGCCACUACAGUAUACGAUAUCUCCAGUGAUAGCGACGAUGUUCCAAAGAGCCCUCCGACUGAGAAAGGCUCUCAGACGUCUAAACCUCCACACCGCCGUCUCAUCUUCAGCAACAAUCAAACACCCACCUGUUGGCUUCAACAGACAGUUUCUUCCCACCACCUCAUGGCUGUCAGGAGCGUGCUGUCGAAAGCUGCAUGCUGGGACAGACGGGCCCAACCCCUCCCCCGCUGCGGCCCCUGACAGACUUCCUUUCUCCAGAAUUACUUCAGAAGAUUUGGCCUUCUUCAGAGAGAUCCUACCAGGCAGAGCCAUCACCGACCCAGACCUGCUUGAGUCCAGCAAUGUGGAUUGGCUGAAGACAGUGAGAGGUUCCGGUGAAUUGCUGCUGCGACCUCAAACAACAGAGGAAGUUUCUCAAAUUCUAAGGUACUGUAACAGUCAAAAUCUGGCAGUGAACCCUCAGGGGGGAAACACUGGGCUGGUUGGGGGCAGCGUGCCAGUUUAUGAUGAGAUCAUCCUCUCCACCGCUCUUAUGAACAAGAUCCUGACCUUUGAUGGCAUCUCGGGCAUUCUGACGUGUCAGGCUGGCUGUGUCCUGGAGAGCUUGUCCCUCUACCUGGACGACAGAGACUUCAUUAUGCCUCUGGAUCUCGGAGCGAAAGGUAGUUGCCACAUCGGAGGAAACGUGGCAACCAAUGCAGGAGGACUCCGGCUGCUGCGGUACGGCUCCUUACACGGGACUGUGCUGGGUCUGGAAGUGGUUUUGGCAGAUGGGCGAGCGUUGGACUGCUUGGCCACAUUGCGAAAAGACAACACAGGAUAUGACCUCAAACAGCUCUUCAUAGGGUCAGAGGGAACUCUGGGGGUUAUCACAGCUGUGUCCAUCCUCUGUCCACGGAAACCAAAAUCUGUGAACGUGGUUUUUCUGGGCUGUGAGACAUUUGAGCAGCUACUAAAGACAUUUCAGCUCUGCAGAGGCAUGCUGGGAGAAAUUCUGUCAGCCUAUGAAUUUCUGGACAGUGAAUGUAUGAGGCUGCUAAAUACGCACCUCAAACUACCCAAUCCGAUUUCUGAUUGUCCGUUCUACGUGGUCAUAGAAACGUCGGGAUCUGAUGCAACACAUGACGGGGAGAAACUGCACAAUUUCCUUGACGAGGCGAUGACAUCAUCGUUAGUCACUGAUGGCACCGUGGCAACUGAAGACUCAAAAAUCAAGGCUUUGUGGUCGAUGCGUGAGCGUGUCACCGAGGCGCUCACUCACGAUGGCUUCACUUACAAGUAUGACAUCUCGCUGCCGUUGGAGCGACUUUACCAGCUGGUGACGGACAUGAGGGAGCACCUGGGGGACCGGGCCAAAAGUGUGGUGGGAUACGGUCAUGUAGGAGAUGGAAACCUCCACUUGAACAUCACUUCUCCUGCCAGAGACCCGGCUCUCCUCGCCGCCAUCGAGCCCUUUGUGUACGAGUGGACGGCGAGCUGUCAGGGCAGCAUCAGUGCAGAACAUGGACUGGGCCUGAAGAAGAGGAACUACAUUUACUACAGCAAACCCAGCCAGGCUGUGGCUCUGAUGAGUAACAUUAAGACCAUGCUGGACCCCAAAGGCAUCCUCAACCCGUACAAGACUUUACCAGAUAACAUAAUAUGACCCCUGAGCGUCUCAGAGCUGAGGGGAAGUUGGUGAAUUCUACACAGCUCAGGAAGGAGGUCAGUGGUUUUUGUGGUCACCUCGUGGUACAAUUUAAACACAAUUUGGAGCAGAGCUGUAGGUUUUGCACAACAAAUGUCAUCAAUCCAGCCAGCUAGAACUCUGAGAGAAUACAUGUUUACUCAGCAUGUAUUCAACACUGUAAAAUAAAACUUAAUCUUAUCAACUACCUCAGCUACUCACUGUAAGAGUAGCCUUAGUCUGAACCACUCCAAUGUCUAUAAAAUAUCAUGUUUUUGUUUAGAUUUUAAAUUAUAGUCACUUGUGUAAGAAAUGAAAACCACAGAGAGUACUUCUCCAUAAAAAGGAACGGAGUAUGAGUGAAUGAGUUGUUGACACUCUUCAUGGCAGCCACUAGGGGGCAGAAAGGAAAUAAGAAAUUGAGAGCACAGUAUAUGUUUAAUUUACUGUACGUUAUGUGUGUUUUCUGAGGUGUACAGUUUAGACCUGCUCCAUCUGUAACUGCUCUAUAUACCUGUGGUUGUUUUAUAAAAUGGUUGAGUUCUACCAGCAAAUUUAAUCUUCACUAAAUAUCAUAAAAAAACAUAAGCCUGUUGUAAAACAAAAGUCAGUGUGAACAGUGAAAUAGAAAACGCUUUCAACUAGAAAAACUGUCAGUGACCAUAUGAGCCCCUUACUAUGUGUUUAAAGAUUCACAGGAACCUGUAACUUUAACUUGUUAACAGAAUUUCACUCAUUAUCUAUUUUUUCAAGCUCAUGCAUCAUGAACAUAUGAGGUCUAACGCUGCGUUCAUGUGAUGCCGGAUACAUCAGAAAAACGAGUUUCCAAGUUGAAAAAUGACGGCUCAAGUCGGACCAACAAGUCGGAAACUCUGGGAAGAAUUAAGUACUGACUUGAUUUGUCAUCAACGUGGGGGACAAAAGCUGUUUCAUUAAUGUUCAGAUACUUUUUAUGAAUUCACGUAUUGCACAUCAAUGUUUUGCUCAAAUAUACCUGUAACAGAGACAUUCACAGUCUUUGUAGAAUCCACGAUGUAUGUUGUUGUUGUUAUAACAUAACGUGAACACAUCGAAGUCAGAAGAACGACUUUCCAACUCAGAAACUCGGAUCAUCCGAAGGAGCACCUGAAUGCAGCAUAAUACAAAAGUCCAGUGAUAAAUGUGACCUUCAUGGAAGUUGAAAUGUUCUCCUUUUAUUGAAACUUUUCCAGAGAGUUUUUAAUUGAACUGAACAUUUAUCAUAUUUUAAAAGAUGUACUUUGUUGUGAUGUUAAAUUGAUUAAAUUAAUCUGAGGGGAGGGUCUAAUCCUAA